AUGGCGGGACGUGAUAGCGACGCAAUACCAUCGAUGGCGGAGGAUUUUCCAUCGCUGAAGGCCAAGUGGGUGGUGAUGCAGCACGCCAAGAAACCCGCUACCAUCUUCGACGACCUCGCCUUUGUCCCCGAGCACGACCUACUGGAUGCUUCGUGGAUCGACCACGCGCACGACCUUCCGAGCAAGGCCGCGAGCAGGCAGGGCAAGCCGGCAUGGCAAGUGCAUCUCAAGCACACCCCACCCGCCUCCACCGACGUUGCCCCCUCGUCCCUCCGCAAUUCCCCCCUUCCCCGCGAUGCCAAUCUCGAAGGCCUCCUCGCGGCGCAGCUCCCGCCCCCGGGAGGUGCGGGGGGGAACGCGGCUGGGAACGCGGCGGCACUGCGUGAGGAAGAGAUGGAGGCGUGGUUUCAGUACCCGCUGGGCGAGCCCAUAGACGGUUUCGGGCGGUUGAGAGCGGUGGAGGGGUUUAGUGUCGACGACGGCGGACAGGGGUUGGAGGGCUGGCGCGCAGAUGAGAUCUCCGCCGUUCAGGCCGGAGCUGGCGCAGACAUGGGCGCACAUGCCGCGGCGCUUUGCGGAAACUUGCAGGCGCAGAUGCGCGCCGAGCCUGUUGGCGCUUCCGCGACUGAGAUGGGAGGCAGAGGCGCGGGCGGACUGAACAGCAUGGUGGCGGCGUCGCUGUUGGCACAGAAGCGGGGCUUUGGCGGACUUGGCGGAGCAGAAGCAGGGGAGAGGGGUGAGCGCGAGGCGCAGCUGUUGAACCACCUGCGGCUCCAGCAGUUGCAGCAGCAGCAGCACGUGGCGCAGGUGCGCGCGAGUCGGCAGCAGCAGCUGCAGGGGCUGCAGCAGCAGGAGACGGACGAGGAGGCGGGGCUGCAGCAGCAGCUGCUGUUGCUGGAACAGCAGCGACUGAGGCAGCAGCACCAGAUGAAGCUGCGGCAGAUAUGGCAGCAGCAGCAGCAGCAGCAGCAAGGCGAGGAGGCUGCAGCGUUGGCGGAAGCGGCCCAAGGGGAAGCGUUGAAGAGCGAGCAGCAGUCGCAGCAGCAGCAGCAGCAGUCGCAGCAUCAGCAUCAGUCGCAGCAGCAGCAAGUUUCGCGUUUCCCCAUCCCCGCGCCUGUCGCCUCUCCGCCACUCAACUUCUCCCACUUCUCCCGCCCCGCCGCUCUUUACGGCCGCGCGAGCGCCAAGCCCUUGGGCGCCACCUCCGCCACCCCUGCGGUCUCCGCCGCUCCCGCCGGUGCUGUUGGCGCGUCGUCAAGUGCGGCGCCUCAACCUGGCGGCAACGCCGGUAUCGCGGGUGUGAGCGCGCUCCUGGCGAGUAAGGCCCUGGCGGCUCUUAAAACCGGCAAGCUCGCGCCGCGUCCCGCGUCGUCCGCUGGCGAUUCCAACGCGCUUGCCGCCGCUCCCACCGAGGGGAUUCGCGAUGCAGCGGUCGGCACGACGGCGACUGCGGCGGCCGGCACGGCGUCAGGAGCGGCGGGCGCGUCGGCACCGGGUGUGACGAAACCUCCCGCCUCGCGUAGCAACGUGCCGCGCCAGGCCAGCGAGUCCAACGCCAGUGCCGCCGCGAUUGCCUGCGCGUCUCACGGCGUGGUGACUGGGAACUGCGGGCCAAACGCUCCGCAAAGUGCGGCGAGCCGGCCCUUGCCGUACGCCCCUUUAAACGUGUCGCGCCAGCAGCAGCAGCAGUGGCAGCGGCAGUUGCAUGCCGACGCGCGGCAACCCGAUCAACUGCAGGAGCCGGCGGGGACUGCGGCGGAGCGGUCGCCCGACGCGGGGCACGCGUCGACGGUUACGAGCAACGCGCCCGCGGGUUGCGGCGCGAACGGCGCGCACAAAGCGGAAAGGGCCGCGACGGGCAGCUCCGGAAUGGUGAGGCGCGCGGAGGAGGGCAGCGGAGGCGGCAGUGGGGGGGCCAGCGGUGGGGAAGGAAGCGCGGGCGGGGGCACCGAGCGGACAGGGCAGGCGGAGCGGCCUGCGCGCACCGCCAGCAUGGGCGGAACGAAGGAUUCGUGGCUGCCCGGAGCGAGCCGCGGAGGGGCGCGCGGAGGGCGGAAGCGGGGGAGGGAGGAAGGGGAGUACGCGCGGACAGAGGACUUGCCCGAGGAGAGUCUGGAUACGCGCAGAACGGGCGCGACUGGCGCAACGGGCGCGACGAGCGGGGCGGGGCGGAGAAGCGGUGCGGAGGGCAGCGCGGCGAAACGAGCUCGCGCCGCUGAAGUGCACAACAUGUCGGAGCGGGUGAGUGGCGGAGAGGCGAGGGCGCGGGGAGAAUGCGGUGACAACGGGCAGGAGGUGGGGGGGAAUGUGUAUGGGAACACGGAGGGGGAGAGGGGGGAUGUGGGGGGGAGGAUUGGGGAGCGGAAACGACUGGGGUGGUCUUUUAAGGCGCAUAGCGUGCAUUCGCCUCUGCUCCUGUGCUCCCGCGCUCCCGCGCUCAUGUGCGUCUAUCUGCAUGUCUCUUCCCCCAUCCAUUCCUUGCCCCCGCCUCGUCCAUUCCGCCGUCUCAACUGUUCCCGUUUCUGCUGUUCCCCCGUCUCCCCCCGCGCGUGCGUGUGCCCCCUCCCCCCCGGCGCGCAGAGGCGGCGGGAUCGCAUCAACGAGCGCAUGAAGGCGCUGCAGCAGCUGAUUCCCAACUCUAACAAGUGGUUGGGCGCGCUCCCCCAUCCACUGUGUUCCUCUAUCUCGCCGCCACUCUCCUCCCUCCCCCGCAUGUCCGGCAUUCACAUCCUUCCUGACCAAACCUUCUCUCGCCUCCCCUCUUCCCCCUCCACACAGACGGACAAGGCGUCGAUGCUGGACGAGGCGAUAGAGUACCUGCGCAUGCUGCAGCUGCAGCUGCACGUCAUGUCCGCGCGCACUGGCAUCACGCUCCCCUCCGCGCUCGCGCUCCCCCACCCCACCUCCCUCUCCGCCCUCCCCUCCUCCGCCCCCUCCGCGGACCAGCUCCCCGCCCCUGGCGCGGCUCUGGGGGGGUUCGGGCUCGGGGGGAUGGGAAUGGGGGGGAUGGACCUGGGGGAUAUGGGCCUGGGGAUGGGGGGAAUGGGGGGCAUGGGCGGAAUGGGCGCAAUGGGCGGACUAGGCGGAUUGGGGCUCGGCAUGGGGGGGCUGGGGCUGGGAAGCAUGGGAGGUUUGGGUAUGGGCAUGGGCGGAGGCAUGGGCGCAGACGGGGCGGCGACGGGGGGAGCAGCAGGUGCAGGCGGGCGGCAGGUGCGGGCGGCAGGGGUGGACCCUAUGGAGGCGUACCUUGCUCGCCACCAGCGUAUGCAGCAACAGCAGCAUAUGCAGCAACACUUGCAGCAGCAGCAGCAGCAGCAACAACACAUGCAGCAGCAGCACCAGCAGGUCAGCACCAUGCACAUUUCCUCUCCGCGCUUCUCCUCGCCUCUCCGUUUCCUUCCCCCCCAUUUCCCUCUCCCACAUUCCCCCUCCCCUCGGUUCCUUCCCCCUCUCCCCCUCCUUUCUCUCCCGGAAGCUCUCUUGUCUGUUGGGCCCUUCUUCUUUCCACUCCCCUAUGCCCCUCUUGCAUGCACUGGUCUCCCUUCUCUCUGCUCCUCUCCCGCCACCCUCAACGCCAUAUCAAUUGCACUCAUGCUCUUCUUUUUUCCCCUCCUUUCCUCCCUGCAGCCACUCAACAUGGAGAUGUACCAUGCCUUCCUGCAGCAGCAGCAGCAGCAGCAGCAGCAACAACAGCAAUGA